UGGUUCGGCGAAUUGCAUGAAAUCCAAAGAAGAGACAACCUUUAGCCGUCGAAGCUAGCUGGCUAGCGACCAAGAUGGAAUACAUACCUGGUGACGGCUCUGUUUUGACCGGGGCUUUUUUGUUUUUCAGCGAGAGAACAUGACAUCCGGAUUCGUUAAAAACUUACGGGUUUUGGGACGUCGGGUCGGAAGGAGUUCGUCCGCGGAGCUCGACGGCAGUGAACCUGCUGUAAUGUUAGCUAGCUCCCUCGGCUUCACUGCUCCCGGGGUCUCUUACAAAACAACAACGGCUGCGGUUCACUUGAGUAUAGAUGAGGUGUUGGGUCUGUAGCUAAAGUAUAUACAAUUCAACCUCUACUUUCGCGUACUGUCAAUUAUUUUAAACCCUACACUCAGCCUUUUUGAGUUUACAACUGAACGACGAGUUAGCGCAAUAGACCAAAUGGAAACUAAGCUUCUUACUUGCUAACGUUAAGCUCGGAGGAUUUUGCUCUGGCUUCGGACGAAACAUAAAAAUGCUGUAGAGUAGUUUUUCUUCUCAUUUAAAAGCGACAUUAUUCUUGAAAGUUUGUGUUUGUAGCCAAAUACGUUAUCGGACUUCCUCGUUGCUGUGAAGGGGUCGGUAGAGGUUUGAUAAGCAUAGUUUGCAAAUAACACCGACCUUCCACCUCCUAGAAGCCAUUACCGGUGUUUUCAGGGAAGCUCCAUCCCCUGCUGACUUUCUUGUUGGAGAGGCCAGAGUUGGGUGUUUGAGGGACUCUGACACAGACCAACAAUGUUGCACAGACCUAUUUUAUUUGGGUUGAGGUGUUAUGACUUGGAAUUGGUCCUUAACCUACUUCCAGUGGCCAGCAGUGAGAGUCGAGCACUAUCGGGGGUUUGUUUUGACAGCGAGACGUUAAAUGACAGUACGCCUCACUUUUAGGGGUAUGAUUUCUGAACAACGUGGGGAGUUGAGUCUGCUUUUGCCAGACUGUAAGUAAACGUCUUCCUUUCCCUUUGGAAGAAGAAGAUGGAGACGGGAAUAAGGUCUCACCAGGGCGAGCUGCUCGUCCAUCCUCUCUCCAACCCCGGGGCUGCGGGGAUCUGCCCCGAAAUGCUGGAGGUGGCAGAGGAGGCCAACCGGGCGGGGGACUUUAGCCUGGCCGUGGAUAUCUACAGCUCCCAGCUCGCAGACCUCCAGCAACCGGACAGGGGCUUGUGUCUGAGGAAGGCUGACACUCUAGCUCGCGCAGGACGGAUAUCUGAGGCGCUGGACUCUUACUGCACAGCAGCCAGCCUUGGUAAACUGCGCCCAGAGGAGCUUCCCCUUUUGGUGGAAAUCAUCGCCCGGACUCUCCGCGAGAAAGAGCUGGGCAUCCCCGGGACAUUAAACGGCUUUGGUAAAAGCAGCAGCGGGGAAGAUGGGGUUGAAAGUAACGGAGAGUGUGAAGAGGAUGAAGCCCUUGACUUGUUUUCUUGUCGCCUCUGCAAGUGUCUGCUCCAUGAGCCCAUAACCGUGGAGUGCGGACACACUUUCUGCAAACACUGCUUAGAGGACGAAACUGUGAAAGACUGUAUACACUGCAAACAAAAGUUGAACAAAAAAGAUGGAGAUGGACUGCCAAACGGCCGAAGACUAAAUGUUGUUCUCAGCGGCCUGAUGGAUAAGCUGUUUGCAACUGAGAGUAAAGCUAGGAAAUUCUGGGUCGAAGGAGAGAUGUUGUGGAAAACACGGAACCUCUUGGAUGCCUUGGAGAAGUAUAGUGCAGCUGUGGAUCUAGUGCCCUCUUCAGGCAGACUGCUGUGUCAACGAGCUGAACUACACAUGGAGAUGAGGAACUUCAGCCAGGCAGUGCAGGACGCCAACAGCCUCUGUAGAUUAAAACCUCUCUGGACAAAGGCACACUGUCUGAAAGCCACAGCACUGAGUAAAGCAGGCCGGAAUGAUGAGGCCUUGCAGGAGUACUUCCUGUGUGUAGCGCUGAAGCCUGACUGGACCAAAGUCAAACUGGAGGCUCAGAGGGUCCUUAGUGAGCUGUUCUCCUCCGUGUUUGAGAAUGAGGACCUACCAACACCGCUGCACCCUCUGCAGGGAGGGUUAGCCACCCGCCUCAUCAAACCCCCUGCCUUGCUCAGAUCCUUGAGACCCCUCACACCACUCACACAGAGACCAGGGUCCUCCUCACAGGACUCAGAGUUCAGUGUGACUAAGAGCGUUCCAGUAGACAACUCGUCCUCCAGACUAUCUGUUCUGACACCUGCUAAAUCGGACCUUGCUGCAGGGGAGGGCAGCACGAAGAGCCUUGCCGAAGUUCUGGCUGCACUCCCAGCACCCUCUGGUGGCCUCAAGAGGAAACACAGCACUGAUGAAACCUUCAGCCCCCCUCCCAAACUGCUUAGACCUGUGUGUGGAGGGAGGGUGGUUCCUGCUGAGCUGUUGGACAGUGGAGACUUGGAGUGCUCACUCUGCAUGAGAUUGUUCUAUGAGCCAGUGACCACUCCCUGCGGACACACCUUCUGCCUCAAAUGUCUGGAGCGCUGCCUAGACCACAACCCCAACUGCCCUCUGUGCAAGGAGAAUCUGUCUGAGUAUCUGGCCACCAGGGGCUACAAUAAGACCCUACUGAUGGAGGAAGUGCUUCAACGUUACCUAGGAGAUGAGCUGGCAGAGAGGAAGAAAAUCCAUGAGGAGGAGAUGAAGGAAUUGUCCAACUUGAACCAGGAAGUGCCCAUCUUCGUGUGUACCAUGGCCUUCCCCACCAUCCCCUGCCCACUGCAUGUGUUUGAGCCACGCUACCGCCUCAUGAUCCGCCGCUCCAUGGAGACCGGUACCAAGCAGUUUGGCAUGUGCAUAGCUGAUGAGCUCAAAGGAUUCGCUGACUACGGCUGCAUGCUACAGGUGCGAGAUGUGAAGUUCUUUCCUGAUGGUCGUUCAGUGGUUGACACUAUUGGUGUGUCACGGUUCAAGGUCCUCAGCCACGGCCAGAGAGACGGCUACAAUACUGCCAAGAUAGAGUACCUGGAGGACAGAAAGGUGGAGGGGGAGGAACUGGUGGACCUUCUGAGGCUGCAUGACUCUGUGUAUGAGCAGGCCAACAGCUGGUUCACUUCGCUGAAAGACAACAUGAAGAGCCAGAUACUCAGCCACUUUGGACACCUUCCCAGCAAAGACCCUGACCCACAGGCUAGUCCCAGUGGGCCGGCAUGGUGCUGGUGGCUGCUUGCUGUCCUACCGCUGGAGAAUCGAGCUCAGCUCACCAUCCUGGCCAUGACCUCCCUCAAGGGCCGCCUGAUUGCCAUCCGCAGGGUCCUCAUCUUUGUCACACGCAAAAGGCCGCGGUGAUUGCCCAGCUGCUCGGGACACAGACGGGAAACGCUCGGGCUUCUAUGCAGUUCAGCAGUUCAUUUAGUUAUUUUUUUUUGUCAUUCAGUCCCUCGUUGACUGAUUCAUUCAUUAAUUUAUACAUGUUAUUCUUUCACUCUACUCGCUCUUCCACUACAUCAUUUUAUUUUCUCAGAUGCUCAUGAUCUUCAUGCAGCAUUUCUGAACACAUGUAAGGUUGGUCAGGAUGCUGGUAUGCGGGCAUUCCCUUCUUUUCUGUCUACCUGUUCAUCCAGCCACCCAUACCCCCCACCCACCAACAACUUUACUGGCUGAAUUGAGCCACAAUACAUUUUUCAACGACUGACCUCUCACCUCUUGUUCUCUGUUAAGUUCAAGGCAAAAAGCAGUCCAGCUGAGCUGUGUCACUUUCAUUUAGGUCACAUCCAGGUGAUUUGCCUGAUUUUCUGUCAUGAAGGAACAAAAACGUGUAAUCAUAAAAGCAAUGUGAGCAGGAAGGGAUCAGGUGAGCAGGAAGGGAUCAGGUUCAAGAGGAAUUCAUUUUUAUUACAUAAAUUAAAGAGUAUUUCACAUAAGCUAAAACAGAGAGCCUGUCACAGAGCUGUGUGGCCUCCCGCAUCCACAACUGUGACAGUUUGUACAGGUACAGAAUCAAUACAAAAACUCACUGAAAUAUGAAGCAAAAACAAAAACACUGGCAUGACAGUAACACACAAAGGUGAAUGUACUGGUCUGGCUGUAGUAUGUGGGUGUCUUUGUUACGUUUUCCAUACUACAUUUAUUGAUGUGUGCACCAGUGUGUGCACCAGCAACAGCUAUUUCACUUGAAAUCUUCCUGACUGAGCCAAAAUUCAUGUGCAAAAACCUGGAACUUAUAUCUGCUGCUUCGCAUGGCAGCGGUGAUGUACCUCAUAUUGUCUGAUAGAAAGUAAUGAGCUCCAUGAGAGUCAGUCUAUGGAGAUAGGGUUGUAAUUACACCUAUGAUAACACUAAGUCCACAGACUACAGUAUUUGAGAGCAAGUGCAACUCUACAACAAUAUGCUCCACUUGUUUUGAUAGAAGAUUUAACACAACAUGACUGAAGAGUAAAUAUAAGUUGGGCUAUCACAAAAGUUCUCAUUGCAUUUAGGAAAAUGCAGAUACAAAUGCAUCCUCCCAGAUACAGUAGAUCUGGAACUGUAUGUCCUAUUGUAGCAUAUCUCUGGGACUUCAAAUGCAGAUUUAGUUAUAGGAUUUUUUUUGUUUCUCUCUCUGCUAUGCCCUUAAGUGUAUGUGCAUGGUGAAUUUUAAGUUGGGUGAUUUAUAUGUAUAUCAAUGUAACUCGGAGGCCUUUUUAAUGUUUUAUUUAAGGAACGUUUCAACCUCUCUCUUUCAACCUCUUUCUCUCUUGGAACAUUUACGUGCACACUGUAAUGCAAUUCCUGUGCUUGAAGUUGCCCUGUGGAGUUUUCUUGUAAACAAAUAGUUAUGUUUAUAAUCAGUGUUUCUCACCGAAACACACUGUGUGUAUCCUUGAGGCCUGACAAACGAGUUGAAUAAUUUUCCCCUCUCAUAAAAUAUUUGCAAAGGGAUUUGUUUUCAAAUAUUUUUGAACUUGCAUUGUUUGCUCUUUCUUUCCCUAAAUUUACUGGCGCAAUGCUGUGCACUGGAUAGAACCCAUGGGCAGGAAUGUGUUUCGUCUCCACAGCUCUAUUGGUGGUCAGAAACUCAGCUGGACACCAUGAAGAAAGUUUGUUACAUGUUCCACAGUAAUGACCUCCUAACGCAAAUCAAUGUGACAAUUGGUAUACAGGUACCAUGUGGAAUUUCCACAUGUAGGGCUUUUUAUGGGAGGGUCCCAAUUUUGUUUGUAUCCUGUACAAGAACAUGCAAGUGAGCCAAUCCAAGUUCUUGCAAAGCUAUCCCACUGAUCAACAUUUGGCUGUGGUAACGUGGUAAACAUUCCAAGAAAUGUCACGGUGCGCCACCAAAAUGCAGAGAGAAAGAUGAUUGCUAUCUGAUGUUAAUACUGUAGGUUUUAAAAUAUUCAAAACAUCAGCUUUGCAAAUGUUUUGGCAAAUUAUUCAGUUUGUUUUGGUGAGAAACUGAAUGUAAACCUAACAAGAAUGUUCUCCAGCGUACCUUUAAUGUCUGGAAGCAUGAAGGGUGAAGGAAGUGUUGAUGGCUUAAACUUAAAAUCAAGUGUGUACAACCAACAGAGACUCCUGAGGGUGAACACCAGUCUUCAUCACAUACUUCACUUUAAGAUGAUGAUUAAGUUGUUUUCAUGUGACUGUUGUGGUUGUAAUUGUAUUAUUAAUGUGCACGUAAAUGCACUGUUUUAUCUGUAUAAUUCUGUCCUUCCAAAAGUUUGUGACUCCACUGCAGUCACUGGCUCUCCAUAUAGGAGCAGUGUUCACAAUGUGCUGCAAUUCCCUGGUGUAUUUGUAAAGGGAGAUCUUAUACCUAUUUUUUAUUGCAAAUAAAAAAAACAACACAUUUA